AUGAAACCGUUGGAGUUUGAUCUCAAUGAACCUCCACCAUUCGACAAUCAGGUGCGGGAAGCCGGUCAACCAUGCAUUCAUCAUGUCCCCAUGGCUCCAGCUGAACGAAGUCUUCAGCCACAAGUGUAUCCAUCACGUGGGCCAAUUGAGGUGGUGGAAUUGGAUAGUGAUGAUGAAGACGAAGACAAUCAUGAAGAUGAAGGUGGCGACGACGACGAUGAUGAUGGUGAAGAUGACGAUUACGAUGAAGAAGAAGAUGAUGAUGGUGAUGAUGACAUUGGCGAUGAAGAAGAAGACGAUAAUGAUGAUGGCUAUAGCUAUGAUGUAGGCUAUGAUGACGAGGAUGUUUCAUCUGGACAGAUUAGUAAGCAAUAUCUGUCUUUUGCCAGGCUAGUAGCUCACUGA